AUGAAUUUUCUUCACGAAGCUAUUAGACAAGGAUAUAAAGUACCUGUUAUUCAACAACUCCUGGAACUAGGUUACAAAAUUGAAGUCCCUACACAAGAUGGUCGCUCACAAUUGCAGAUCGCUAUUACAGCCGGACAUAAUCAUUUAGUAAAACAUCUAAUUGAACGAGGAGCACGUAUCGAUCCUCCAGUGACUAGUGAUGGUGAAAGUAGUUUGUAUUUAGCUCUACGCAUCAAAAACAUUUUUGCAAUCGUAACUCUCCUACAAUAUGGGGCAACCCUCAAAAGGGAUAAAAACAGUAAGAACUCAAUGGUCAAAUUAACAGCCAAUGAUAAUGAUGAAGAAAUGCUAGUUUUAAUGUGGGGAAUAGGAGUUCCGUUGUAG